CAGGAAUUGGUUGAUUCGGUUUUUGUAGGAUGUCGGGGAAAUUUACCGUUUCGUAUAUGGCACUUCUAGCUACUACUUGGCUGACCGUCAAAGUAACUGCGAGCGAAGUAUCUCAAUUACCUAGGGAUCUGAACGUCCCGGGUGGUACGAAUGUUACUAUGUUAUGCAAAUUUCCACUAUCUCAAGAUACUGUUGACGUUCGUUGGUGGAGGGAAGGCGAGAAGGUAUUUUUAAAAAGCGACAGCAGAAGACAUUUUAUGCAAGGAAGGGGAAGGGAAGAACUUGCACUGUGGAAUGCCAAAGUGGCCGACUCCGGACUGUAUUACUGUGAAGCAAACUAUCAGGGGCACUCUUUCGGGAAUGGAAGUGGCACCAAGCUCACUGUGUUCGUUCCUCCUACUCCAUUGGAAAUUGUUCCUGUUGGAGGGUUUUCGUCUCCUCGAAAGCUCCUUUGUAAAACGGCUGCCUUCUACCCGGAGAAAUUAGAACUCGUUUGGCAAAGAAAUAACAAGCAAAUUCGCACUGGAAUAGAAAAUGUGACAAACCGGAGCGUGGACGGCUUGUACGAAGUAUUUAGUUUAUUGGAAAUCACGCAGUCUCCUUGGGGAAAAGAUAUUUACACCUGUCUGGUGUCGCAUGUCUCCCUCACGGUGCCUGCCAGUUUCAGCUACAUCCAAGAGCAAGGCGUUGAUACUAAAUUUAUUCUGGCAUGUGCAGUGGGCGGAUCGGCAAUUUUAGCUCUGAUAAUACUUUUGGUGAAAAUCAAGUUAAAGAGAUCGCACGGGAUUAGCACAAGUUCUUUGGACAGGUGUCAGAAUGAAGAGCCGGCUGAACAAGCUGCGGUUGAGCACACGACUGAAUAUGCUCCACUAAAUAUGAGGCAGAGCAAAGUAUUUCGCAAAGGUCUUCAAAAAGAAGAGCGCAUUAUCUAUUCUCAGACUAAAAGAAAUGGAGCUGACAAAUUGACCUACGCUGCUCUGCAGCUUCCCGAUUCCAAGAACACCUCAGGAUUCACACAUCAAAACCAACAUACAUUGUACGCUGAUGUGAAUACGUCAAAGAAACUGUGAAGCUGAGAAUCUAACUGCAGUGCAGAGCUAUAGACUAUCAAUCAGUGCAGUCCCCAGGAAUUGCUUAUUUUCAUUUCUUGCAUCCAGACAAAGAUUGUUAAUCGAUAUCACAUGUAUAAAUUAGGAAGAUUAGAGAUCAAUUUCGUCUUUGAUUUGUUGGAAGCGAUUAUCACAGGAAAAAAAAAGUCUGAAACUAGAGAAUGAGAUGGGGAAUAAGCCUCUAUGUUUUCUACCCCGUGAGAAUCACCAUUGAACAGUCCAAGAUCAUUCUAUGAUACAAACCUAUAUUGCCUAAAGUAUCACCCCACCAACAAGAUAUUCCAUCCACAGUCCUCAGAGUAUGAAAAAAAAAUCAGAAAUUCGUCAUCCACCAGCGAGAGAAACUUCAUUUGCAGGGUAAAAAACGCCAGCAGAGCAGUUACUCUUGCUCACUUAUGUCAACGUUCCACCGAGUGAAAUAUAGAUUUGAAGAUGUGAAAAAAAAAUCGCAACAUGUUCUC